AUGAAGCUCGCUCUCAUCCCCCUCCUCGCGACCCUCGCCGCCGCGGCGCCGUCCGCCCCCGGAUGGCGUUUUGACCUCAAGGCGGAGACGUCGGGGAUCGUCGCGCUCGAGGCCAUCGUCGUCUCUCCCACGCUUGUACUCUUCUUCGACCGCGCGUCCAACGACCCGCUCCAGAUCAACAACCACUCCGCGUGGGGUGCGCUCUGGAACCUCGAGAGCAGCACUGUCCAGCCGCUCGAUGUCUUCAGCAACUCCUUCUGCGGCAGCGGCGCGCUCAUUAGCAACGGUAGUAUGGUCAGCGUCGGCGGCGACCCGGACGGCUUUACCGGAAACCCGGCCAUUCACCCGGGUAACCAAGCCAUCCGCGUCUUCGAGCCAUGCGAAUCCCCGACCGGCGAGGGCUGCACUCUCUUCGACAACCCGGACGCCCUGCACCUGCUCGUCAAGCGGUGGUACACAACUGCCAUCCGUAUUUUCGACGGUAGUCUGCUCAUCAUUGGCGGCAUCCACGAGUCGACGCCAUUCUACAACACCGACCCGGCUCUCAGCUACGAGUUCUUCCCGCGCAAGGAAGAUACUCCGCGGCCGUCCGAGUUCUUGAACAGGAGUCUUCCGGCGAACCUCUUCCCACGGGCUUUCGCGUUACCAGACGGCAAGGUGUUCAUCGUCGCCAACAACCAGUCGAUUAUUUACGACAUCGAGGCGAACACCGAGCGCAUCCUUCCCGACAUCCCGAACAACGUCCGCGUCACGAACCCCAUCGACGGUUCCGCAAUCCUCCUCCCGCUUUCCCCGCCCGACUUCAUCCCCGAAGUCCUCGUCUGCGGCGGCACUCAGACCGACACCAUCGACCCCCUCCUCCUGUCUUCCCAGACCCCCGCCACAACGCAGUGCUCACGCAUACGCCUAGACGAAGCCGGUAUCGCCAAGGGCUGGGAAGUCGAGCACAUGCUCGAGCCACGCGUCAUGCCCGAGCUCGUGCACCUCCCCAACGGCCAAGUCCUCAUCGCGAACGGCGCGCGCUCCGGGUUCGCCGCGAUCGCGAGCGUCAGCGAGCCCGUCGGGAACUCGAACGCGGACCACGCCGUCCUCACCCCCUCGCUGUACACGCCCACCGCGCCGCUCGGACGACGCAUCAGCAACGCGGGCAUGCCGUCCUCGGGCAUCGCGCGAGUGUACCACUCGAGCAUCAACCUCACGCCGCAGGGCAACUUCCUCAUCGCGGGUAGCAACCCGAACAUGAACACGACGGUGGGCCCCGGCGUGAAGUUCCCGAGCGAGUUCCGCGUGCAGACGCUCGACCCGCCGUUCAUGUUUGUCGACCGGCCGAAGAUUGGGGCGACGCCGAAGAAGCUCGCGUUCAACAAGAAGGUCACUGUUCCGAUCUCGCUGCCGCUCGCGCUCACGCGGCCGGGCGCGAAGGUCCAAGUGUCGCUGAUGGACCUCGGGUUCUCGACGCACGCGUUCCACUCGAGUGCGCGUCUGGUCUUCAUGGACGCGACCAUCUCGGCCGACCGCAAGUCGCUCACGUUCACGACGCCCCCGAACGGGCGCGUGUUCCCGCCGGGCCCUGCGACCGUUUUCUUGACGGUCGACGACGUGACGAGCGAGGGCGCGUGGGUCAUGAUGGGGAGCGGGAACUCGCCCCCGACCCUGGAGUGA